GCUCACAUGUGUAACAUCCGAGAAUCCGCAUGUGUUUGAGACCAUGUGAGUGCUACCACAGUAGUUGCAAGUUAAAACUAGCAGUAAUUAUUUCAUAGAAACAACAGAUAAUCUCCUCCACCAUGUCAUCUUUCUUUAUAAAGAAAAAAGCGGUGCCUAAUAAAGGAGAUAAAUCAUCUGCUUUAAAAAGAAAGAGUAAUACAGACGAUGGCAAAGGAAGAUCAAAAAAGCUCAAUAAACGAAUGAACGAAGAAAUAUCGAGUGACUCGGAAAACGAGAGUUCAGCACAAAAUAGACAACAGGCUGAAAAUGAAGAUGAUGAGAUUGAGGAGACGCCACAGGAGAAGAAACUUCGUCUGGCAAAACUUUACCUGGAGCAGCUGAGAGAGGAAGAGGAGAAGAAAGCAGAAGAAGAAACUUUUGAGACCGACCUGAUAGCUGGAAGACUCCAGGAGGAUGUGCUGGAACAAAAAGGCCGGCUACAAAGACUGAUAGCCAAAGAACUCAUAGCUCCUGAUCCAGCAGAGAUCCGGCUGUUAAGAGGACACAAACUGUCGGUCACGUGUCUCGUGAUCACCCCGGAUGAAAAAUACAUCUUUUCUGCAAGCAAAGACUGCUCCAUCAUCAAAUGGGAGGUGGAGAGUGGAAAGAAGGUGCACAAGAUCGCACGUGGACAUAAAGGUACAGACGAUCAACACGUGGGACACAGAUCUCAUGUGCUGUGUAUGGCCAUAUCAUCUGAUGGGAAAUACCUGGCUACUGGAGACAUGAAUCGAUUCAUUAUGAUCUGGGAUGCUGCAACAUGUAAACACCUGUACAAGUUAAGAGGCCAUAGAGAUGCUGUAUCUGGUUUGGCAUUUCGAAGAGGGACCCACGACCUCUACAGCGCAUCACAUGACCGCUCGGUAAAAGUGUGGAACGUUGCAGAGAACGCAUAUGUAGAAACCUUGUUUGGCCAUCAGGACAAAAUCACAGCGUUGGACUGUUUGAGCAGAGAGAGAUGUGUGACCGCAGGAGGAAGAGACCGAACCGUCAGAGUCUGGAAGAUUGCAGAAGAGUCACAGCUUGUGUUUCACGGACACGAGAGCUCCAUUGAUUGUAUUCAGCUUAUAAAUGAAGAGCACAUGAUUACAGGAGGGGAUGAUGGCUCCUUGUCUGUGUGGACCGUUAAUAAAAAGAAGCCGGUGAGCACGGUGAAGCAAGCCCACGGUAGCCAUGGCAACACAGGUCUGGAGCAACCUUACUGGGUGUCGUCCGUGGCGGCGUUGCACAACUCGGACACCGUUGCGUCAGGUGCCUCAGGCUCCCAUAAUUCAUCAGUGAAGCUUUGGAAGUGUGGACAGGGAUUCAGAGGCCUGGAGCCUCUCUUCAGCAUCCCGGUGACGGGAUUCAUAAACAGCCUGAAGUUCUCUAAUUCUGGGAAGUUUCUCGUGGCAGGAGUUGGACAGGAGCACAGAUUGGGCCGUUGGUGGAGAAUAAAGGAGGCUAAAAACGGACUUUAUAUCAUUCCCCUUAAAAGACAAACAAAAGAGCCAGAAGUUGUUCAAUAGCGCACCCUCGUGUGGAUGAAUGAACCCAAAUGUGGAGAUGUUUUUUUUUCUUUGUUUUACAUGACGUGAUGUAAAAGACAAAAAUCUAAGUGCGAUUAAAUUUAUGUUUUGAUUUGCAGUUCAAUGCUACAAUUUGAAUUAUAUGGUGGCUAUUGACCACCAAACAUGAA